UAUUUUGCAGAAGAGGGUGUUUUCUUCCCUACUUUUGAUUCACGAUGUCUAAGCGAGGACGAGGAGGAACCGCAGGAGCGAAGUUCCGGAUUGCGCUUGGUUUACCCGUAGGCGCUGUCAUGAACUGCGCUGAUAACACCGGUGCCAAGAACUUGUUCGUGAUCGCGGUUUACGGCGUUGGUGGUCGAUUGAAUCGACUUCCAUCCGCUGCUGUCGGCAAUAUCAUCGUGACGACCGUGAAAAAGGGAAAGCCCGAGUUGAGGAAGAAGGUCAUGCAAGCAGUUGUUAUCCGUCAACGCAAGCCGUUCCGAAGGAAGGACGGUUCGUUCAUCUACUUUGAAGACAAUGCUGGGGUCAUCGUCAACAACAAGGGAGAAAUGAAGGGCUCGGCCAUCACAGGACCUGUGGCAAAGGAAUGUGCAGACUUGUGGCCUAGGAUUGCCUCUAACGCAAGCAGCAUUGCGUGAUGGAAGCGGAAUAAUUUUUCUAGAAUUUUUCCGCGCUGUUGGAAGCAUUAAAAACUUUCCGCAGCCCCGCA